AUGGCUUCACCGCUAUUGAUUGAUCCAGCGGUUAAUAUAGAAGAAGAGAAGAUGCCGGCUUAUGAGAAGGGCCUCUUUUACCCUGUGAAACUUGGAGAAGUAUUUAAUUCUAGUUACCAAGUAUUGGGAAAACUAAGAUUUGGCGCAAAUUAUACAGACUGGUUCUAUGGAAUUUUUGCGUUGAGGGCUUUGCGCAUACGAGUCUAG